AUGAGUACCUCCAUUCACCGAGAGACGGUUGAGCGAUGUGAAUUUGAGUCUUUAUGUCAUAAAAAAUCAUGCGAUAUGGACGUGGAAGACUCGUGGUCUGCCAAACCAGAAGACAUGCAAGACUUUUUUCGUCUUUACUGUUGUUAGAAAACGCAGACUUCUAAGGUGUCCUUCUUGGAACUUUGGUCUUUAAGUCUAAGC